AUGGUCGAAAAAUUCAAUACAAGUUCUGGAGACUAUUUUAUUCUUCUGGGAUUUUCUAAAUGGCCUAAUGUGGAAGUCGUUCUCUUCAUGGUGAUAUUGAUAUUCUACCUGAUAACACUGAUAGGCAAUCUCUUCAUUAUCAUCUUGUCACACUUAGAUUCCAACCUGCACACCCCUAUGUACUUCUUCCUCUCAAACCUCUCUGCUCUGGAUCUCUGCUACACCACUAGCUCUGUUCCUCAGCUGCUGUUCAACCUCUGGGGUCCACAGAAGACAAUACCUUAUGCUGGUUGUAUGCUACAACUCUAUUUAGUCCUUGCCUUUGGUACCACAGAAUGCGUUCUGUUGGUGGUAAUGUCCUAUGACCGCUAUGCAGCUGUGUGCAAACCCUUGCAUUACUCUGUCCUCAUGAAUCCUCGUUUCUGCCACCUGAUGGCUGCAGCUUCCUGGGUCAGUGGCUUUACCACAUCAGCACUUCAUUCCUCCUUUACCUUCUGGGUACCCCUGUGUGGGCAUCGCCAAGUGGACCACUUCUUCUGUGAAGUCCCAGCACUGUUGAGGUUGUCCUGUGUUGACACCCGUGCAAAUGAGCUGACCCUCAUGGUCAUGAGUGCUGUUUUUGUUCUUAUUCCUCUUCUUCUCAUUCUGAGCUCCUAUGGUGCCAUUGCAUGGACUGUCCUCAGAAUGCAAUCAAACGCUCGAGUUCAGAAAGUUGUUGGGACCUGUGGAGCCCAUCUUACUGUUGUGUCUCUCUUUUUCAUUCCAAUCAUGUUCAUUUAUCUUCAGCCUCCAACAGAAAAGUCACAAGAUCAAGCCAAGUUUAUUGCCCUCUUCUAUACUGUUGUCACACCUAGCCUGAACCCUCUCAUCUAUACCCUAAGGAACAAGGAUGUGAGAAGGGCAGUGAGGAAGCUGACUGGGUAUGAGAGGGAGAUGUGA